AUGAUGACCGAACGGCGGAGCGAUUUCGUGCUGAAAGCCGGCUACAUGGUGAAACGGUCGCAAAACAAGAAACGCUUCACGCCGGUCAACUACAAGACGCGUUGGUUCGAGCUGACGCGGUUCUAUCUAUCGUACUAUGACAUUGGAAACUUGGAGAAGCGGCGCGAGCGUGGCAGGAUCAGUGUGAAAGGCGUACGGCUCGUGGAACCGGCCCUCCUGCACGGCGAAGGCGGUGAUGCAGCGGCACCGGAUGGAUAUCCGUUUCAAGUAGGAUACUGCGAAAGUGACGGCAUCUACCCGGGCACAACGCUGCCCCAGUACACGCUCUACCUGGUCGCGGACAGCGAGAAGGACCGGACGGAGUGGAUCUCCUCGAUUCGGAAAAUCUGCGAAGAGUACAGCCCGAAAUCGUUCAGCUAUCAUCUGGGGCUCUGGCUCGGCAGGAAGUGGUCCUGCUGCAGAAGCCUGAACCGACGUGCCAUCGGCUGCCAAGUUGCGACGGUGUGGCCCGAGUACAACAAUAAUCCAAGUACUGGAAGCUCUCCUGCCCAAAACUCUACCCGAAGUACCAGCCCCAACGUGCCGAACGGUCAUCUGCAGCUUCCUCAGCAGCCACAGCUACACCCUCAGCAGCAGCAGCAGCCGCAGAACCACUCGGGCACCGGGUUGCUCCAACAGCAGCCACAGCCGCAACCGCAAUCCCCGGCGCAGCACUCCCAGUCCCACUCGCCGUCACUGCAGCACCACCAGCAGCAAGUGCAUCUCCAGCAGCAGCAACAGCAGCAGCACCAACAGGCCCUUCAGGCGGCCCUCCAGCAGCACCAGCAGCAGUCCACACCGCCCCAGCUGCAGCAGCAAACAUCCUCCCAGCAGCAGUCGCCGCACCAUCUCAACAGCAGCUCGAGCAGCUUAGGCAACAUAACGCCCACCUUCGUUGCCCAGCCACAGUCUCCGACUGUGAAUUCCUUUAAAACGGCGUCCCUCAACGGAGUCGGUCUGCACGUGAACGGCGGCGUCGUCGGCAGCGGCGGCGGCGGGGAUUUAAAUAUGCCCGGUGGUCCGACAGCAGCGCCUGGAACACCGAACACAAAGGCAAAGGAUGUCUCACCGCGGGUUAAGAUCGUCGUGGCCCUGUACCCGUUCAAGGCCAUCGAAAGUGGUGAUCUUUCGCUCGAGAAGAAUGCCGAGUACGAGGUGAUCGAUGACUCACAGGAGCACUGGUGGAAGGUGAAGGAUCAGCAUGGCACGAUCGGCUACAUACCGAGCAAUUACGUCAAGGAGAAGGAGCUGCUGGGACUGCAAAAGUACGACUGGUACGUCGGUGACAUGUCCCGGCAGCGGGCCGAAUCGCUGCUGAAGCAGAACGACAAGGAGGGCUGCUUCGUGGUGCGCAAAUCGUCCACCAAGGGUCUCUACACACUCUCGCUACAUACCAAAGUACCCCAAUCGCACGUGAAGCACUACCAUAUCAAACAGAACGCACGAAUGGAAUUUUACCUCUCCGAGAAGCACUGCUGUGAAACCAUUCCGGACUUGAUCAACUACCAUCGCCAUAACUCCGGCGGUCUCGCCUGUCGCCUUAAGACGUCCCCGUGCGAUCGUCCCGUGCCACCGACGGCUGGGUUGUCUCAUGACAAAUGGGAGAUCCAUCCUUCGGAGUUGAUGAUCUUGGAAGAGCUGGGCUCCGGCCAGUUCGGUGUGGUGCGGCGGGCAAAGUGGCGCGGCUCGAUCGACACCGCGGUCAAGAUGAUGAAGGUGGGCACCAUGUCGGAGGAUGAUUUCAUCGAGGAAGCAAAAGUAAUGACUAAACUCCAACAUCCCAAUCUGGUGCAGCUGUACGGUGUCUGCUCGAAGCACCGACCAAUCUACAUCAUCACCGAGUACAUGAAGCACGGCUCUCUGUUGAACUACCUGCGAAGGCACGAACAGUCGCUGAUCGGCAAUAUGGGUCUUUUGCUGGACAUGUGCAUACAGGUUUGCAAAGGUAUGUCUUAUCUGGAGCGCCACAACUACAUUCACCGUGAUCUGGCGGCCCGCAACUGUCUGGUGGGCUCCGAGAACACCGUAAAGGUGGCCGAUUUCGGGUUGGCACGGUACGUCCUGGACGAUCAGUACACCAGCUCUGGCGGUACCAAGUUCCCCAUCAAAUGGGCCCCGCCGGAGGUGCUGAACUACACUCGAUUCUCUUCCAAGAGCGAUGUCUGGGCAUACGGAGUCCUAAUGUGGGAAGUGUUCACGUGCGGCAAGAUGCCUUACGGUCGCCUAAAAAAUACCGAAGUGGUUGAGCGUGUCCAGCGCGGCAUCAUCUUGGAGAAACCAAAAGCUUGCGCUAAAGAAAUUUACGACGUCAUGAAAAAGUGUUGGUCGCACAGCCCCGAAGACCGGCCCGGGUUCCGAAUACUGAAGGAUCAACUGGCGGCCGUCGCGCAAGGGCUCACUGAUUAGAGCACCCGCUGGCAUUUACUUCGUUUCGAACGGUGCGAAACCUGCGAUGAUGGGUUUGGUUCGUAUCUCGGUGCUCUCGUUUUAUCGGUAGUUGAAUCGGAAGAAGCGUUUCGUUCUCUUAUCAAUUAGUCGGAUGAGGAUUUGUAAUACGUUUUUACUCUGCCGUGCUCUAACUUGUGUUUUUAAAGGCAAUCAUUCAAAAAGUAAAAUCCCGGCACUGCGCAGUGGAAUUGAGCGGCAGGGAGGUCGGGCACCAAAGUUAUAUGUUCUAAUAUACGUUUGGUUUGGUCGGAUACUGCCGUUACAUUGGCGCUAAGGCGAACAGAAAUGACUGAUGAUGGAAAUUAUACAAGCAAAACAGAAACAAUACACAAUAUGGUUGGUUUGAUAGUAUAAGGCAUCCGUUUGAUAAGGAAAUGUAGAUGUAGUGUGUAGGGGCGCGAAUCUUUGACGCGUGAGAAAGACGACCAUAAAACAGACGCACACUGGAACAGUGCUAGAAUGAACCGUGAUUUGACUCGAUUCGUCCAGCUCGUAGGCUGGAAAGAUCUACCAGAAGAUCGUGAUCGUUGAUCGUCGUAGUUGUAGCAACAGCAGAAUACAUGAAGAUAUGCAUAAACAUACAUACACCAGUUCUCUCAGUAGCUAAGCAAAACCCGAUAUCGAUGAUAAGGAACGUAAAAUCAAACCACAUGUACUUGAGCGGUUCGCCCAACUGCAACGGUAGCCCAAUAGUGAACGUUACUAACACACACCAAGCGCAACAGGAUGCCGUAACCCGGAUUACCCGGCGUAGAAUGUAGCAGGUAUUUAAGUGAUAUUUAAAGUGUACGUUUCUAUGGCUAGGUCCGCUGCCAUUGCCCGUGGAAAGUUGAUAAUUUCCGGACAUCCGCACAGAGACACGCGUACCGAUUCCACCUUCGUAACAGUUGCGUGCCGGUGGAAACAGAAAAGGGUGCAUGUUUAAAUCUCAUGACGUGUGGAACAGACUUCUCAAUAAUAUUAUUAUCUGUGUACAUAAAUCAAUGUUUUCGUUCGAUUAAUUUUAGAUUUACGGGGCGUCUCGCGCCUCAUCCCUCGCGUCGUGGUACGUGUUUAUACUAUGUAUAUCUCAAGCUCUGCCGAUUUUGUCUUCUCCCUUGAAUCGGGCCGUUUUCUUUUCCUUCAAUCCUUAAUUUGACCACCAGCAAGACGGCGGGUAGAGCUGAUGGCACAAGUGUAGCGAAAUCGAGCGCACGUAGAUAGCGUCAUUAUGAUUACCGAAAAUCGUAGCCACUACUAUUGCUUAGUAAGUGCUCGUGCUUUUGAGGAUCACAGAUUUACCACUGAGGAGAACUCAACCAGUAGCGAACCCUGGCUGAGGGUUGUACCAGCGCACAGGAAUCUACUAUCGAUACUAUUAACUUUUACUAUUCCUAACACAAACUAGCUAAAUCGGACAGGAAAUCAAAAUGAGCCCCUGAAGCGAAGAGUGAACCAAGUUCCGGGAAUGCUGCGCCAUCGCGUGCUCUGUGAAAUUCCUGGUUAAGAUUUUGUUUUAUCUUUCAUUAAAAUAAUUCAAUAUAAGUCAGUCUCUCAAACGAUGAUGAUCGGAAGCACUAGUAGCAUCUGUUGGCCAUGCGAGAAGGAUCGUCGUCGUAACGAUGGUUGUAAUGCGCGGUACCCUAAGGAAGGGGGCAACUUGCUUUGAACCGAUCGAAGCUGUACGGGAUGGCAAAGGAAACAAAUCAUCAUAAUUCAAUAACAAAAUUCAAAUAACCCAAAUGUCGACUCGAACAGAGAACGCAAAAGAAGGCAAACCUAUAUUACAAUAACGGAGAAGCAAGGAAAGUGAUGUUGAGGUAAUGCUAAAUAGUCGUUAAAUUGUUUCCACAACACAACCCGAACGCCCCGAACCGCUACCACAGAGGCAACCAACCGGGUGAGCGUCGAAACAAGGAACGGAACAUAUACUAUGCAUUAACGAAAAUAUGUGAAACAGUGGAUUAACUAUAUCAAUACAAAAAUCUAAUUAUUAGCGUCAUUAGACCAGCGUGAGCUGAGCGAAAGUGAAGGGAGAGAGACACAGAGAGAGAUACUAUGAAGAUAAAAAACAACCAACCGUCACCUGAAUCGUGGAACGACUGUUUCAGGCGUCACUUCGUGGUUGUACCGUAGGGAUUAGCAAAGGGAAAGAUUUGGCGGAAACUACGGAG